UUCCAGGAAGCCAAGGGGGAUUACACCAGUGAUGAAAAUGCCCGGAAAGAUUUAAAGACACUACCAGCCUUUCCAACCAAAACUCUUCAGGAGCAUCCAUCCCUUGCUUACUGUGAGGACAGGGUAAUUGAGCAUUAUUUGAAAAUCAAAGGUCUGACACGGGGUCAAGCUGUGGUUCAGUAUAUGAAAAUAGUAGAAGCUCUACCAACUUACGGAGUCCAUUACUAUGCAGUAAAGGAUAAACAAGGACUUCCUUGGUGGCUUGGAAUCAGCUAUAAAGGAAUCGGCCAGUAUGACUUACAAGAUAAGGUGAAACCUCGGAAACUAUUCCAGUGGAAACAGCUGGAGAACUUAUAUUUCCGUGACAAGAAAUUUGCCGUGGAAGUUCACGACCCACGCAGGAUUUCGGUGUCAAGAAGAACCUUUGGGCAAAGUGGCCUCUUCGUGCAAACCUGGUAUGCGAACUCCUCCCUCAUCAAGUCCAUCUGGGUGAUGGCCAUUAGUCAGCAUCAGUUUUACUUGGACCGGAAGCAAAGCAAAGCAAAAAUUCCUUCAGCCAGAAGUUUGGACGAUAUCGCGAUGGACUUGACGGAGACGGGAACACCAAGGACCUCCAGACUGGUCACUCUGGAGGCCAAAAGCCAGCUCAUCAUGGCCAGCAAUGGCAGCUUAGUCUCCUCAGGUUCUCAAGACUCAGAAGUUAGUGAAGAGCAAAAGAGAGAGAAAAUCCUUGAACUCAAGAAGAAGGAAAAGCUGUUGCAAGAAAAGCUCCUGAAAAAAGUCGAGGAGCUCAAGAAGAUCUGUUUGCGGGAGGCUGAGCUCACAGGCAAAAUGCCAAAGGAAUACCCGCUGGGCAUAGGUGAGAAGCCGCCUCAGGUCAGAAGGCGUGUAGGCACUGCGUUCAAAUUGGACGACAACUUGCUGCCCAGUGAGGAGGACCCUGCUUUGCAAGAGCUGGAGAGCAAUUUCCUAAUACACCAAAAGCUGGUGGAAGCUGCAAAGAAACUUGCCAAUGAGCCAGACCUUUGUAAAACCGUGAAGAAAAAACGAAAGCAAGAUUACACGGAUGCAGUGAAAAAGCUUCAGGAGGUCGAAAAUGCAAUAAAUGAAUACCGAAUUAGAUGUGGAAAGAAACCUAGCCAGAAAGGCACCGUUAUUUUACCAGAAGACAUAAUCCCCUCAGAGAGCAGCUCCUUGUCCGACACUACCACCUGUGACGAUCCCAGCGACCCCUUCACUCUGGCUGGGCAGCGGUCCAGCUCAGUGCCUCAUUCUCCAAGGAUCCUUCCCCCCAAGUCUCUGGGCAUCGAGCGGAUCCACUGCAGGAAGUCAUCCGUCGGGGAGCAGCUGGUGGAGGCCAGGCCGCCCAGAGAAAUGCUGUCGACACACAGCAGCCCUUACAAAACCCCGGAGAGGCGGCCGCAGGGCGGACGAAGCAUGCCCACCACCCCUGUGCUCACCCGAAACGCCUACAGCAGCAGCCACUUAGAGCCCGACUCCUCAUCGGAGCACCGGCGGCAGCGGAGUGGCAGCCUGGAGUCCCAGUCGCACCUGCUGCCGGAGCCGGACUCCGACCGGCCGUUCUUCACCCUCUGCAGAUCCCAAAGGAGCAGCAGCACCGAGGUCCUGGACGACGGGUCCUCCUGCACCAGCCAGUCCAGCGCCGAGUACUACUGCGUGGCGCCCGCCGCCGGCCCCUGUCGCGGCGCCCACACCCUGGACACGCGCGCCAGGGGCCGGAGGAGGGCCAAGAAGCAGAGUGUUUGCACCUCGAACUCGGGAAGCAUGCCCAACCUUGCCCAAAGGGACAGCCUGCGGAACGGUGUCUACGCCAAGAGCCACGAGCAGCCUCUCUCCAGCUACUAUAUCACCGGGUACCCGCCAUACGCAGAGUGUGACCUUUAUUACAGCGGCGGCUACAUCUACGAGAACGACACUGAGGGACAGUACAGUGUCAACCCUUCCUACCGCUCCUCGGCCCACUACGGGUACGACCGCCAGAGGGACUACAGCAGGUCCUUCCAUGAAGACGAGGUGGACCGGGUGCCCCACAACCCGUACGCGACCCUGCGGCUGCCCAGGAAGGCCGCGGCCCCCGAGCGCAUCACCAAGAGCAUCCACAAGGCCUUAGUCGCAGAGCACCUGCGCGGCUGGUACCAGCGGGCCUCUGGGCAGAAGGAGCAGGGCCACAGCCCGCAGCCCAGCUUCGACUCGGACAGGGGCUCGCAGCGGUGCCUGGGCCUGGCCGGGCUGCACGUGCCCUGUUCUCCGGGCAGUCGUGCGUCUUCCUACUCUUCAGUGUCAUCUACAAAUGCUUCUGGGAACUGGAGGACCCAGAUAACAGUGGGACUUUCUGAAUACGAGACCUCAGCACAUCCUUCUUACACCAGCUGCUACGGCAACAUCUAUAAUCCUUUGCCCUCUCCAGGCAGACAGUACACAGAGACCAGUCAACUGGACAGCCCCGAGGGGAGCCGGCUGGAAGACGGCCUGGAGAGCAGUGAGCAGAGGCUCUUUUGGCAUGAAGAUUCAAAGCCCGGGACAUUAGUCUGAGCUGGGCUGCACCUCUGACCAAGCACUGCGUUCCCACACUAGUGUGCCUUGCAAAACGUGCUCAUCUUCCCAGAAGGCAUCAGAGGUUGAAAAGAGGACCUACAUUGCCCCAGAAGUGAACCCCACACUGAGCCCCUGCAGGACAACCUGCCUCUCAGAGGCCAGGCACUAACCUGGCAGGGCAAAGGGCGGACCACAUGUUGAGCCAUUGCCCCGGGAGGACUCAGCUUUCUCAACAGCAAGCACUUUUUAAGGGAAUAAAAGUUGUUGAAGGCAAACCCAAAACUGUGAAAAGUGCUUUCAGGAUCUCCAAGAGAAGAGAAGGGCGGGAAAUUUCAGAGCACAAUUCAGAAUGAUGAGAGGAGGGCAGCCAGAGCUCCAGAGUCAUUGCUCAGCAUCCGAAGGUUUGGAUUUGUGAGCUGACGACAAACGACGCUUUUUCUACACGGACAUGAGCAAUCUAGACAGUAUUGGAAAAUUACUUGAAGAGAAGCUGGAUUUUCAUGAAGUUCUGAAUGAGUGUAAAUGUUUUUAGGAUUUUAUAAAGAGUGAUGGUUUUCAUAAGCACCAUAAAAUGGGUUCCAGAAAGACUUAUAGCCAUAGCAUCCUGUAAUAAAAGUUCAUGGCGGGCUGGGCAUAAUGAAGCAGGCCACUGAGUGCGUGACAAAUGUGCUUGGAGAGAGAGUCCUCUGAGGCACAAUAUCGCCAAGCUCCUUGUCUCUUUCUAUCCCAGUGGCACGAUGAGCUGUUAUCCAGGCUGUUAACUCUCCAACUUGGCUGUCAUUUGAAAUGGCAGACUUGAUAUGGAAAGUUUUCUGAUCAAGAAUUGGAAAAAGUGUUUUGAGGUGAUAUGGAAAGAGCCCAAAACAAAAUAAAGAAAAGCCCCCCACAUCAUUUUAGAUAAAUUGUGUGCCUUAAAAUGGUGACCAUUAGAAAAGUCAGAUAUUGUCUGUAUUCCACAGGUAGUCCUAGUCACCAAGUGACAAAACAAGAUUAGUCAUUAGAACAAACACAAAAACUCUAAGCUGCGGUAGAUUUCAUUAUGAGGCUAAAACUACCUCAUACUUUCCGUGGAAGAACUAAUUAGCUAUGGUUUAUGGCUGAGUGUUUUUUAAACAAAUAUUUCCGUACUCCAGAUCUUCUUUGUCUUCUUUACUCUGCUUGAAAAUUCCAUAAGAGGUGCUCCUCCUCCUUUUAUACAGGUUUCUUGUUUAUAUUGUGACCAGAGCAGUUUCUGAGCAACUUUUUGGAACAUUUUCUAUCUAUUCCAAAGCGUGUGAUAUUCACAUAAAGUGGGUUUGUCAAACUGGUCCUGCGUCAUUUGUAUCAUUAAAAAUGAAGUUUGGGGGGUAAAUUUGGAACAAAAAAAGACAUGCAAAAAUAUAACUUAUUCCUUUUGCAUAUUUGUAUAGCAUUCUAGGAACAGAAAUGCCCUUUUGCAUAUUCUUUUACUGUCCUGACUUUUUAAGACCUAUUAUUUUUUUACAUAGGUCAAUAAACUAAGAGUGUGCUACUGAAAA